CGUCAGGCUGUAAGGUAUAAUAACUCUGGCUGCUAUGCGCACUAUCUCUAACCUCACAGUACUACAGGCUUCCCCUCAUUGUCAUUAUGGUACGUCUCAGAUCUAUAUGCUUGUAGACUUGGGCUUAAAAGCUAAUCCGCCCGCCAUUAGUACAUUUUGAACUACCUCGACCGAAACAACAUCGCUGCAGCGGGUCUUGCAGGUCUUGAAGCGGAUAUCAAGUUGAAAGGGGACCAAUUCCAAACAUGUGUUAGUAUCCUCUUCGUAGGAUAUCUACUCAUGCAAGGUAUGAUUGAACUUUUACCAUGAUGAGGUUCACGCAUGGCUGAUGUUGCUUUCUAGUGCCGUCAAAUAUGCUGCUCAACAAGAUUGGUAAACCCUCCAUCUACUUGCCAGGCUGCAUGAUCGUCUGGGGCACAAUAUCCGGUGCUACAGCUGCUUCCACGUCGUUUGGUGGAAUACUGGCGGCAAGAUUCUUGCUUGGCUUCGUGGAAGCAGCAUACUUCCCAGGGUGUUUGUAUUAUCUAUCUUGCUGGUACACCAGAGAGGAAUUGGCUUUGAGAACUGGCGUCCUGUACAGCGGGUCGCUGCUGUCUGGCGCGUUCGGUGGACUGAUUGCUGCGGGCAUCCUGAAGAAUAUGGAUGGAGUCGCGGGUCUACACGCUUGGAAAUGGCUCUUCAUCAUCGAGUCAGUGCUUACUAUCAUAGUGGCAUUCGUCGCCUUUUUCUGCCUGCCAGAUCUUCCACGGACGACCAGAUGGCUCAACGAGCAGGAGAGAGAACUGGCCGCAUGGCGACUAGAGGCUGACAUUGGUGAGGAUGACUGGGUGGACAGCAGCCAACAGUCGCCAUUCCACGGUUUCAAGCUGGCACUCAUGGAUAUCAAGACUUGGCUCAUCUUAGGUGUCAUUUAUGGCUCAACCGCCAGCGGAUCGAUGACCACCUUAUUUCCCACCGUGAUGAAAGGUCUUGGAAAGGACAACGUCACUACGCUGUUUUUGACGACGCCACCAUACCUUAUAGCUGUCAUCUCAUGUCUCACAAAUGCGUGGCAUGCUGACAAAACAGGAGAGCGAUUCCUACACAUAGCGGGUCCCCCCUGUAUAGCCCUAGUUGGCUACAUAAUUGCCGCUGCGACUACUAGCUUUGCCCCGCGAUACUUUGCAAUGUGCAUCAUGGUAGCCGGAACGUAUUCCGGUUAUGUUGUCGCACUCGGCUACAUCUCGAACAUUUUGCCUCGUCCUGCGGCCAAGCGCGCUGCAGCGUUAGCUUUGAUCAAUGCUCUUAGCAACGUCUGCCAAAUAUACUCACCUUAUCUGUACCCUUCGUCGGCUGCGCCAGGGUAUACCGUUGCGUUCAUUGUCAAUUGUGCUAUGUCAGCUAUGACUAUUGUUUUCGCCAUAGUUCUUCGAUUUUACCUAAGAGGACUCAACAGGAAACUCGACAAAGGCGGAGAGGUUGCGGAUGUUGGAUCGUCCCCGCGAGCCGUCAAUGACCGAGAAGAGCAUGGGCUCCCAGGCGUGGCAGUCCAACGAGGAUUCAGAUUCCUGCUAUAGUGGAACAACAGAAUUUCAUUCUUGAGCAAGUGCAUGAGAGUUGUCAGCUAGAUUAUAUCUGGAACAUGUGAUUUAGAAGUGCGCUGAUUAUUGAAUGGCGGCAACGUCGUCGAUUGUGCUUUGGUAAUGCACACUGAUGGUUUCGCUAGGUUACUAAGGUUAGACUACACCAACCUUAGGUUAGUGAGAAGCACCUCCUAACCGACACAGUAGAGAGAUCAUGUAGAAGAUGUCCAAUCUGGAACUGAUUGUUUGGACGGCUAGACUAAAAAGGCGAAAUAGAUGUCGCUUCGUUCAGCGGAUACGCCACACUUUCUGCCUAUUGAAUAUUCUCAAAGACGCCGGCAUAGAAAAUAAUAACAUGUUUUCGUAUCAAUAGGCCUGACAAAGAAUCU